AUGUAUGGCAAAUUUCCAGUUCUUCGGAAAAACAUUGAAUCGGUUGCAUGUUUUCUGUUGAGAUAUUCUUUCUUAUUCAUCACACCAACAUUGAUGCGUGGAUAUCGAGAACAACUGAAACAUAGUGAUUUAUUCGAGCCUUUACCAGAGCAUGAUUCAGAAACAGCAACGAGACAGAUGACACUCACCAAUUCUUGCAGAGCAUGGGAAAAAGAAAAACUAAUGGCAGCCAAAGCAAACCGAAAGCCUUCGAUGGUAAAGGUUGUUCGAAGAUUGUAUGCCAAACGUUUUAGUUUGCUUGGAGUUUUAAUAUUCAUAAAAAAUAUAUUUCAACUGUUGCAACCAGUAUCCUUAGGAUUAUUAAUUCGCUAUUUUCGUUACGAUUCGCCUCUUUCAAAAAGAGAUGCUUAUUUGGCAGCAACAGGAGUCGCAAUAACGAGUAUUAUGAUACCAGUUAUACAUCAUCCGUAUUUCUACAGCCUGCUGAAACUUGGAAUGGAAUUAAAGAUAGCUUCUUGUGGUAUGGUCAUGGAAAAGACUUUCUUAUACUUGCAUCACUUCUGGCUAGCACCUUUGCUGAUAAUUGUAUACAUUUAUUUGCUGUGGCAUGAACUUGGUUUGGCAUCAUUAGCUGGUUUCGUGGCGCUACUUUUACUAAUACCUUUCCAAAGUCAUUUCAGUAGACGAAUGGGUAGAUGCAGGUUAUUUACGCUUUUUGAAUUAUAUUUACGAGAAAUAGUCAUGCGCGCGGAUAAACGUGUUAGCGCAACAAAUGAAAUUUUAAAUGGAAUUCGAGUGAUAAAGAUGUAUACUUGGGAAGAUGUAUUUUCGAAUCUGAUUAAUCGGUUAAGGAGAUACGAACUUUCUAAAGUGCAGGAAAAUUGUAUCUGGCAAUCGCUUGUGCUGGGAUUAUUUUGGGUUUCAUCAAAAUUCAUCAUUCUCUUUGCUAUACUUUGUUAUUUGUUAGCGGGUUAUCAUUUAUCUGCAGAACGAGUUUUCGUUGCCGCGGCACUGUACAAUUCUUCCGUAUUACCUAUAACAUUAUUUCUUCCAUUUGCAUUCCAAAGUUUAUUUGAAACACGAAUAUCGUUAUCUCGCUUACAAGAAUUUUUGGAACUAGAUGAAUACGAUCAAAUUGAUUACUUUGGUACUGAUAUGAUAAUCAAAAGCAAUAUUGCAAGUGACGAUGUAGCUGGGGAAAAAGUUUGUGUUUCAAUUCAAUGUUGUUUUCAUUCGCUCCUCAUGGAUAAAGAUGCUGUUAAAGAAGGUUCUGCUGUUCUUCGAGAUAUAUCUUUAAUGGUACAGGAAGGAGAACUCGUCGUUGUUACAGGACCUGUUGGAAGUGGCAAAACCAGUUUGUUGCUUUCCAUUCUUCGCGAAACUAAUCGCACGUGGGGUGUAUUACGUACGAUUGGUCGAAUCGCAUAUGUACCCCAAGAAGCCUGGAUAUUUCCUGGUACUGUACGUGAUAAUAUUCUUUUUGGACUCCCUUAUGUCAAGAAGCGUUAUGACAAAGUAACCGACAUUUGUGCGUUGAAAAAGGAUUUUUCACAGUUUCCAAGUGGCGAUGAAUUCAGUGUUGGUGAUCGAGGUCAGUCUUUAAGUGGAGGGCAGAAAGCUCGAAUCAGUUUAGCACGAGCAAUUUAUCAAGAUGCUGAUAUUUAUUUACUCGAUGAUCCAUUAUCUGCCGUUGAUGCAGCUGUUGGACGAUCAAUAUUUAAUAGAUGUAUCAAGCAAUUUUUGAAAUCCAAAGCAGUAUUGUUGGUUACUCAUCAGAUACAGUAUGUGCAGAAUACAGAUUUAGUUGUGUUAAUGUUGUCUGGAAAGAUCGUUGCUUCUGGAACUAUGGAAGAUCUCAAAGACACUGAAAUAUUCAACACAAUUGUCAGAGAAACAGAAAAAUCAUUGAGCUUACUUCGAACUGGUCUGGAGGAAACUACUGAUAUUUACUCAUUUUUAAAUGACGAUGUUUUACAGAAAAGCGAUGAUGAAUUUAAUCCAAACUUGAAUGUUAACGUAGAUGCUUCGUUCAGUAAACGCUCACAUUGUCAAGUAACUUCCAUAGACUAUUCUAAAUCCAUUGAUUGCAAAAUUUAUGGGCAAAGAUUAGAGGUUGGAAACUUUUUCACUGAAGAGGAAAAUUGUACUCAAGGAGCUGUUCCAUGGCGAAUUUAUUUCUUAUAUUUAAAAGCCAUGGCUCAUCCAUGGUUCCUCACUUUAUUGAUGGCUUUCUUUGCUGUAGCUGUACAGAUACUUGAAAAUUUUAUAGACUGGUGGUUGAACAAAUGGACGGAUGCUGCUGAAAAUGCUACGAAACAGGUUAGUAUUAGUGCUGACGAGCAGAUAACUUAUGUGGAGUACGUUGAUAAUUUGAAAUUGGGACCUUUUAAUAUCAAAGAAACUCUCUCAGGAUACAGAAAUACGUUUAGUCUUAUGAUUGGUGUUUUAGUUAUUGCAUCCAUUGUUAGGGUCAUGUGGUUUCGUCUUACUCAAGUUACUGCUUCUCGUGUUCUUCACGAUUUAAUGUUUCAACGAGUACUUAAAACUACUAUCAGUUUUUUUGACAAAAAUCCAACAGGCCGGAUUUUGAAUCGAUUCUCCAAAGACAUCGCAACUUUAGAUGACCAACUUUCGUUUGCUUUCUUUGACUUUUCCUUGGGAAUGAUGACUUUUUUUGGAUAUAUAAUUGUUAUAGUGAUUAUUAAUCCGUUCGUUCUCCUAAUUACGGGGCCAUUAAUACUGUUAUUCAUUUUUCUUCGAUGUUUUUAUCUUUCCUCCUCACGAAGCGUAAAGCGACUUGAAGCAACUACUCGUAGUCCAUUAUAUUCUCACGUCUCAUCCGCGAUGUAUGGUUUGGUUUCUGUGCGAGCCUUUCGUAACCAGCAGUAUGUGGUCAAUGGCUUCCAUAAGUAUCAGAAUGUCAAUACUGCUGCAUUUUACUUCAAUCUUUGUAUAGCAAGGUGGUUUGGAGCUGUGAUCGACUGGCUUGUGGCCAUAUUCAUCACUGCUGUUGCUUUUCUUUGCAUUGCUUCUACAACAAAAUUAACGGGUGGUGAAGUAGGAUUGGUUCUUGUAUAUGCAGUCCAAUUACUGGGUCACUUUUCUUGGAUUUUACGUCAAAGCGCUGAGCUGCAAAAUGCAAUGAUAUCUGUGGAACGUAUCAUUGAUUACAGCAAGUUGCCACAGGAACCAAUUAGGGAAGGUGUUAGUCUACCACUUGAUUGGCCUUCGGAGGGGCACAUUGUAUUCAAAAAUGUAACUGUUCACUAUGGAAAAGACGCACCUCCAGUACUCAAGAAUAUCAAUGCUGAUAUCAUUCCUAUGGAAAAGAUUGGAAUUGUGGGACGCACAGGUGCUGGUAAAAGUUCUCUAUUGAAGGCGAUUUUUCAUCUUAUUGAACUUGAGGGAAGCAUUAUAAUAGAUAAUAUUGACACGAAAACAGUUUCUCUGAAAUCUCUUCGCCAGCGGAUUUCUAUUAUUCCACAGGAUCCAGUGUUAUUUAUGGGUACAUUAAUGCAGAAUUUGAAUCCAUUUAACGAGCAUUCAAAAGAUGACGUGUGGCAUGUACUUGAACAGGUGGAAUUAAAGGAUACUAUUCUUGACUUGCCUUCCAAACUUGAGACAGAAGUUGAAGAAGGUGGCACUAACUUUUCCGUAGGACAGCGACAGUUAAUAUGUUUAGCUCGUGCUUUACUGCGGCGUUCCAAAAUUCUUGUUAUUGAUGAAGCAACCGCAAAUGUCGAUCCUAUGCAAAUACUUUUCAGAACUGACAGUUUUAUCCAAAGAACAAUCAAGAGAUGUUUUCGCAACUCCACUGUGCUCACAAUUGCUCAUCGUUUACAUACAAUCAUGGAUUCAGACAGAGUAAUGGUAUGUUUUUUCUAUGUUGAUGAUUUAAAGGUACUUGAUAAUGGCAAAUUAAUCGAAUUUGAUCAUCCAUAUUCAUUAUUAUGUAAAGAAAAAAGUGCUCUUGCUGCUUUGGCUGCUGAAACCGGUGAACAUAAUCUAGAGUAUUUGAAACGACUUGCUAUGCAUGAUUCUGAAAAUGAAGUAGAGAAGAGAGAAUGA